UUCUCAUGGGGUUGCUGCUACCUCUAUCCGCAGGCCCGCAGUGCUUACACCUGACGCAAUGGUAACGGCCGAUCCACUGGUUCGGCGGUGUGAGUCGGCCGUCUUCUCCCCGCUCGGAGCACCUGUGGAAGACUCCCCCACGCUUGAGGGGCAGCUGUCGUUUGCCGGAUGGCGAAGUGGGGCACAUGCUGGUGGGAAUGAGUGA